UCUGCCAAUUGCAAGAAGACAUAGAAAAACUCUCAAAGAAAUGAUUUCUUUUCGAUUUUUCUCUGUAGUUUUUAUUGCAACACUCUACAUGGACUUGUAUGAAGCCAGGAUUCCAUUACGAUGUCCUACUGAAAUGUGUUUGGCGAGUAAAGUUAAUCUUCGUUAUGAAUUCAGUGAAAGACUCACUUUCAUACGAACUCCAGAGGGAAAUCGACUUCGCUUUAAACCUGGACUUUUUAGCUUUGGAUGCAGUGUUUUAGACAUGUACAAGGCUUGUGUACCCGGGGGAGUAGACUACUGUCUCCCAAAAAAAGAGCAAAAAAGGGUGAAGGAAUUUGUUGAAGCAUUUGACAGGAUCGUAUGUACCAAGGAUAAAAGGCUUGACAAGUUGAUUGCCUGUAUGAACAAUGGCAAAGUGCAGAAAAUGUUCUUUGAAGAUCUGGUGAUGGAUGGCCUAAGUUUGAUGGGCAAAAUGAGAAGAAACGAUUCAGACGUAUGCAGUGAAAUGAAGUCAGAAGUUAUUGCCACCGUUAGGAAACUUUCGGCUUAUUGUAACAACGACGGUUUGCGAGCUCUUUUGCAGUUCAUGGUCGAGCUAGGAAAAGAGCUACAAGAUGUUUUUCAAAUGUAUCAGGAUAUUUCAGAUUAUAAAGAAAUUUGCUAUGACGAAUUUCUGGAGGUGGCAUCAUCAGCCCAGAAUUUCCUUACAGGGGGAUCUUCAGUCGUAGACUCCUCACGAGUCGUCAGAUCACUGUUCGGCUUAUAAUUAUAUAAUUCCUGCUCAUCAUAUUUUCAUUAA